UGGUUACAAAGCAACUGAGAUGGACCUUAUUCAAAUUGUGUCAGUGCUACUGACACUGGCUGUACUGUAAAUCUAAUAUCAGUCACCAUAGAGAAACUUGGAUGUCCCACUUUAGUAGCCAGUGCCUCACUAUAGCAACCAUAUGACCCAACAAAAGUCCAGUGAACUGCAAACUGGGACGGAAUAUAUGCACUUUCUCAGAAAUCUAUAAAGAAUUAGAGCCUCUAUGUAUCAGCAUUCUGACAGUCAAAGUGUCAUCCCUGUGCUGCUUGGAAAUGACAGGAAUAUCACAUAUAUACUGGACACUUCUGAGGCAAUGGCUACAGUUCUGGGAAAAGUAAAAAAUAUGAUCAUUCAAAGUCUGCUUACUAAGGCGUCUCUCAGAAACUCCCUCUUCAAUAUCAUCAGCAUUUCAUAUAAGAUAACAUCAUUGUCUGAGCACAUGAUUCCUUGUGCACCAGAUACUGUGUACCAGGCCCUCAGCUGGAUCCAUACUCUCAGGACAAGCCCUGGAAAUGACCUCCUUACUGCCCUCAUCACAGCAUUUUCUGAUCCUGCCUGUCAGUCUGUUCACCUAGUGACAAACAGCCUCCCAGACAACCCGGAGCAAUGCUUAAAUGCUUUAUCUGCCAUCACAGCACGCCCUGUACAUACCUUCUACAUAUCAGAAAAGCCAGAUUUGGACAGGAACAUUUUGGAUUUCCUAAAAUGUUUGACCUCUGCCACUAAAGGGAGUUGUUACAGACUGUCUCUAAACUCUAAUGACUCAGCUGAGCAGGUGAACCCCUCGGUAGCGCUGUUGCACUCAUCAGAACACCAGACUCAACAUUUUUCAUGCUCAGGGGACAGAUGUCAGGUCUCAUCCAGCAAACCAUUUCAUCCAGUCUGCAUCUCACCAUACUGGUGUUCCAUGGGAAAUCGUUUUAGUGUGACACCAUGUGUUUUAGGGAAGCUAGCAAGAGGGCAAGAGUUUUUCUCAGGUUGCCGUGUGUUAGCACGAAGAGAGAUAGAUGGAUUCUACUACUUGGGGACAAUUGUACAUCAGCUACAGGACAGAGGAGGACUCUUUAUGGUGACUUUUGAUACGUGUUUGCCCAAAGAUGAAACCAUGAUGGAAACGGUAUCAUCUCAGUUAAUAUGCCAAUCUGACAUGCUGAAUAUAACUCAGGCACAUACACACAAUAUAGUGCCAGGAGACACUGUAUUAGCUCCCUGGGAACCUCAGAUGAACCGAUAUGGACCCGGAAGAGUAGUUUCUGGCAUGGAAGUAAGAGAUCCUUUAAAGGGUGGAGUGGGAGAUGGACUAGUAGUGCUGUUUUGGAAUGAAAUCAGAUCGCACAUUCCAAAAAACCUGGCUGUGUGGAUACCUGCUUCUCUCCAUGAGCGAAUAAUAAGGGAACUGCAAUCUAAUGUGUUCAGAGCAAGCUGCUUAAACCACAGCCACUGUAAUCACAUUAACUGGUCACCAGUCUGCUGCUUAAACCACACAAAUCACUAUCCUUCAACAACUCCCUCAAUGUGCUUUUGCCCAGUCACGAGCUAUCCCUUCUCUAACCAAUGUCUGCUCAUUAACAAUGAAUGGAAAGGGCAGGAAAUUAAAACUGACCAACUAAAGAAGCUGACAACUUCUCAGGAGAUGGACAAUGAUUUGUCUUCCUUAGACUCAAGUGAAGAUGAGAAAGAGGUUGCAAAUGAAAAACAGCCAGAGCUAGUGAGUCGCUCAGUGAACACAGAAAUAUCAUGUCUGAAAAAGGUCCAUACUGAGCCACAUAUUAGACCAACUUGGAGGUAUUGGAAAAGAGGAUCCCCAGAGCCACACCACAAAAAACCAGGGCACAUUGUUAAGCCUCCAAAUCCAGGUGAUUCUUCCAUUGGAAUAAACAUUGAUUCUGGAUAUUCUUCAUCCAGUUUUUCAACUACAAAUCACAGUUCAGUAUUUGAAAUGGUUCCCCAUUCAUUAAGAAGAGGUGUAACAGUAAGAGAGGUAUUUGGUGGGACUUUACCAAAACCACUUUCUGAAGCACCAUCUCCAUUGGCUUUUGCAGUAAAUAAACUUUCAACUGAACCAAGAUAAUAAUCUGCUAAAACAGUUCAGUAAACUUGUGAAAUAUGAAAACAUUUGAUAUAUUUAAAUAAUUCAUAUAUGAGUUUAAGUGGGGAUGUAAUCAUUGAGUAUAGCCUUUUAACAUUAAAACUGUAUAUAUUAACAAAUUAUAAUUUUUUUUAAUUACGUUUUGCCACUAUUUUGUGGUAUGCAUGCACAUGAUAUUUAUUUGAAAAUCAUGGACAUAAUGUUUAUACCAUAGGUUUUACUCUUAGUCAACAUUACGAUGCUG